GCUUAGCAGCCAAGAUUUGCAGUUUUCAAUAUGAGCAUCAUCAAGUAACUUUCUUCUUCUUCUUCAUAUGGCGACGGUGCAGGCUCUCUUAGGCAAUUGGACGUCAGAAGAGCGCCGAAUUUUGACAACCGUCAAUAGCGCCACUUCCAGUCUCUCUCUUCUUGGUUCAGGAUUCAUAGUUCUCUGCUACUACCUUUUCAAGGACCUCCGCAAGUUUUCCUUCAAGCUUGUCUUCUUUUUAGCCCUUUCUGACAUGUUAUUCAGUUUCUUCAGUAUUAUUGGGGAUCCAUCUAAAGGACUAUUCUGCUAUGCUCAAGGAUAUAUCACACAUUUCUUCUGUGUGGCAUCUUUUUUGUGGACCACUACAAUUGCCUUUACUCUUCAUCGUACGGUUGUUCGACACAAAACAGAUGUUGAAGAUAUUGAACCAAUGUUCCAUUUGUAUGUUUGGGGAACUUCACUAGUUACUACUGUCGUACGAUCUAUUGGAAAUCAUCAUGGGCAUUUAAGGGGUCUUGGUGCCUGGUGUCUGACGCAGCUCGGAACAACAGGGAAGGCGGUUCACUUCAUAACAUUUUAUAUUCCUCUCUGGGGUGCUAUUCUUUUCAAUGGGAUCACAUACUUUCAAGUGAUACGCAUGCUGAAUAACGUAGCACGUAUGGCUGCUGGUAUGUCAAAUAGGCUUUACCAACCAGAUGGACGACCAGACAUGAAGGCUUUGAACAGGUGGGGUUAUUAUCCUCUAAUUUUAAUAGUGUCGUGGAUGUUUGGGACAAUCAACCGAAUCCAUGAUUUCAUUGAACCAAGACAUGAAAUAUUUUGGCUCUCGGUUCUUGAUGUCGGGAUGGCCUCACUAAUGGGUUUGUUCAACUCAAUAGCAUAUGGCUUCAACACAUCUGUUCGUCGAGCAAUUUAUGAGAGAUUGGAUUUGUUACCCGAAAGAUUCAGAAGAUGUCUUCCUAUUCCUAAUAGUAUUUCAAAGUCCAGAAACCAACCACAUGAGAAUGAACUGGUUUCACUAAAAAUCGAUCAGCAGAAUUAGCAAAAUCGUGACCGACAAAACUGAAACAUUUUUUUAAUAUUUUGGGACAAGUACGAAGGAGAGAACACAGUGUUGUUCUUCGUGCAUUUGCCUAUUCUUCCACUGCAAGAUAAACUCUCCGAUUGGCUUACAUAACAUCGCUCGCUACUCACUUCGUACCGAUAAGAUUUGUUCUCAAGAAGAAAAACAGGGUAAGAUAAUGAGUGUAUUUUUACAUUACUAUCCAAUUGUGGUUUUUGUUUUGUAGUAAACAUUUGUCAUAGGAUUAGACUGUUUUGGUUUGUAAUUCCUCUAUUUGGAAACACUUUGGAUUUGAUUUGAUAGAGAAAUUGUGAGAUAGGUAGUGUUUGA